CGAGGGGAGGGGCGAGGGGCGAGGCUCCGGGCGCAGGAGAAAACCUGUUUGUUCUCCUGCGGGCGGAGCCCAGUCCGUGCCUCCACGCCGCCCUGCGCGCUCCCCGCCGCGCCCCGCACCCCGCGUCCGCUCCCCGGCCCGGCCCGGCCGGUGCUGCCCACCUGAGGGAGCACACGCCCCGCGACCGCCCGACCCUCCGCCCGCCCCGCGAGCCGGGCACCUGUGCCAGGAGCCCUGCUGAAUCCACUGAGAAGGGACGUUCAGAGCAAACGCCAUGAGCAUCUCAGCUCUCAGAGGAAGCAGCAAAGGGAAGCCUCUCCCCCCAGGCGGGGAGGAGCGCAAUAUCGUCCUCAAGCAGAUGAAGGUUCGGACCACGCUGAAGGGGGACAAGAGCUGGAUCACCAAGCAGGACGCAUCAGAGGGCCACACGCUUGAGCUGUCCUCAGGCCGGAGUCGUGCCACAUCUUUUUCUUCAGCCGGGGAGGUCCCGAAGGCCAGGCCCCCGAGCACGAGGGCUCCCACUGGCUAUAUCAUCCGGGGAGUGUUCACCAAGCCCGUAGACAGCUCGGCCCAGCACCAGCAGCACUUCCCCAAGGCCAACGGAGCUCCAAAAAGUGCUGCCCGUCUGGGGACAGCAGCUCCCGCUGGGCCUCCCCGCCCCUCCUCCUCUGGCUACAAGAUGACCACGGAGGAUUACAAGAAGCUGGCACCGUACAAUGUCCGGAGCAGCUCAGCGUCAGGCGCUGCUGAGGAGGAGGAGGCGCUCUUCUCUUCUGACGAGCAGAAACGGAGGUCAGAGGCUGCCAGCAGUGUGGUGAGGAAGACAGCUCCCCGGGAGCACUCAUAUGUCCUGUCGGCGGCCAAGAAGAGUGCCAGCCCUGCCCAGGAGACACAGGCCCCGUUCAUUGCAAAGAGGAUUGAGGUGGUGGAUGAGGACAGGCCUUCUGAGAAAAGUCAGGACCCACCUGCUCUGGCGAAAUCCCCUCCCGGCUCAAGCAGUACGGACAGGGGCAGAGCCAAAGUGUCUCAGGUGAUUUGGAUGGAGCGUAUGCGCAGCCUGCCUAGCCCUGCUGGGACUCAGCAGCCCAGGUCUUCCCCAGGCUCCAAAGACAAAGAGGCCUCCAACCCCAGAGAGCCCAAGAGAGACUUGACUGGUGAAAGGGUCUUCAAGGACCUUGAUGCAGACUCUGAAAGAUCAAGUGUGCAGUCAAGGGAUGGCAACGUGGGAUCCGGAGCCAUGGGCUCCCCACCUGAAGGCUUGGCUGGAGCAGACAUCAGCUCUGGGAGAGGAGGGCUGUGCUCACCUGCUGGCUUCACCCCUCUCCUGAAUGAUCAGGAGGUGCCUAGUGCCAACUCACAGCCUUGCAAGCCUGGACCAUCAGUCACCAGCUCUGGUACCACUUCGGCCUCUGCUGUCCUGGCUGAGAGGAAGUGCAACAGCCCAGCAGACCUGGAGGACAUGGAGACAGACCCAAAGGGCACCUUGGCUGGUUUUGAGGAGAAGAAUGUGGUCACCAAGGUGAGAGAUGCCUGGCAGCGGAGGCCUGGAGUCCUGCGAGAUGACGGGGGAGACCCAGCUGCACCCACCCUCCAGCCUGCAGACCUCUGCACCCCAGAGCAGCAGAGCUGCCCUAGAAGUCCUGAGCAGCGCCUGGAGGUGGACAGCGCAGCCAGCAGCACCUUGGCUGGUUUUGAGGAGAAGAAUGUGGUCACCAAGGUGGGAGACGCCUGGCAGCAGAGGCCUGGAGUCCUGCGAGAUGACCGGGGAGACCCAGCUGCACCCACCCACCAGCCUGCAGACCUCUGCACCCCAGAGCAGCAGAGCUGCCCCAGAAGUCCUGAGCAGCGCCUGGAAGUGGACAGCGCAGCCAGCAGGAUGAGAAACCCCUUGAGCUGUAUGGUCACUGCUAGCAUCAUUACCACCUCUGAUCAGCCUCAUGUUUAUAUGCCAGCCUCCCCAAGUGAAUUAGAGUCCAACUCAACAGCAAGCAAGGGGAUUCUCUUUGUGAAGGAGUAUGUGAAUGCUGGCGAGGUAUCUUCCAGAAAGCCACUGUCUUCAUUCUAUGGCAGUGUUGGCAGCAUUGAGGACUCAUGCAACAUGCAGAAGAAACUCCCACACGACCGUACUCCAUACUCUGAGAGUGUGGGAUUUGCAGUAAACCGAUGGGUGAGCUUCUGGAUCAGAUCUUUAUUCACCGUGACACUAUCCACUGUGGGAAAUGCUAUGAGAAGCUCUUCUAGGCUCAAGCAAAGAGGAUUGACCAGUCGGCUUCCUGAUGAGUGGAGAUGGCCUGAUGCGAUAGGCACAGACAAGAGCAUGGGGUUCAGUGUAUCCUGCCUCUUGGGACAGAGAGCAAAUCACAUCCCGGUUCACAGCUCUGCGUGUACCUUUGGGAGACCCCCUGAAGCUUCUGAGGGUCCAGGUUAAAGACUGUUGACGAUCCCUGGUGGGUAAAUUGCAGACAUUGAAUGCUGGGGAUUGACAUAGGCUAAUGUUUAGCUCGCCUGUUUGCCAUUUAUAUUUUUUAAACUUUCCAUAUACUUUUACAACUAGUUAGUUGCUUUUGAUUGAGUUACACAGCAGAUUUUAAUUACCUCCUCCCACCUACCUUUCAGUGUAGUUGCGUUUCUUCCUGCAGGCAUGUGCGCAUGUAUUAGAAAGUUUACACAUGAGGUUUAAAUUCUAUAGGAUGUGAUUCUUAAGAAGCUACUGACCAAAGGGACAUCUGUGUCUGAACCUUGAUAGCUAAUUCGUACAUUUGCCUUCAACUUCCGACCCUUAAACUUUACCCAGAAGUCCCCUAAAGCAGGUUUUAGAGUAUAUAGACUCCGGCAGGAUUACCAAGGGAGAAAAUCAGCUAACAUUUCUUGAGACCUUGCUACAUACCAGGCAUUAUCACAAGGUGGUGGCAUUAAUCCCGUGCUCAUCUUGUCCAGAGGGUAUUCUUCUCCCCAGUCUGCAAAUGAGGACGUUGAGGCUCAGCGAGGUGGUCAUUGCAUUGUGCAGAACCAUUGCUGUCUCUCCAGAGCCCAUGCUCUCUCCAGGAACAGGAACCACAAACAUGAGCAUCGAUUUAAUGUUGAGUAUAUGCCAAGCACUGUGUGGAGGUUACCUAAUCCUCCCAGGUAACACCACACCCCUCAGGCCUUCCCUGAGGCACACUUUUACAAAGAGGGGAAGGUGGGAACUGGCCCUCCUACUCGGGGCAUUCUGGGUCCCCAUCAAAUAACAGAAGGGCCAAACUGGCUCCCCUCACCUCCCUUUUCCAUGAAAAUGCUUCUGAACUUCAAUCCUCUUGGCUGGGAAGAGAUUUAACUCACAGACCUUCCCAAAGAAGGGCUUGUCAACCCAGGGGAAGCUGCAGUGGGUUAGCGGAUCUGAGCACAGGGCCCUCAGUGACUUCCCGUCUUCUAGUCCAGACUCUGUCCCAAGCUAGUGGCAACUACUGAGACCCCAGGUACUUGGAACAGGGACACCCGGUGGCCAGCUGGGCAGAUGCAGGCCCAUUCAUGCAGUCAGCUGCUGCUCCGCUCAGGUUUGACUGGGUUCCUCGGCCUUUGGGACCCGCGUCACUGUGCAAGUUCCUUGAGAAGACAACCUGACGGUUUUUCUGUUGACAGAUGAGGGCCUUUUCUCUUGGUUUAAUAGAAAAUGUCUCCCCGUCUCUCUCCAGUUUCUGAGCCCUGUGCACAUUGGCUGGUGGACUUGUUCUUCCCGCCAAAUGAUCAGAGAGGAACGUCCCAUUUAUUUGCAUAGAUGUGCACCAGGUUUGCUCUGGAGGGGAAAGGUGGCCGUGUACUUACACAAAAUAUGAGCUGGUUUUCCUCAAGGCUAGCCCUCACCCUGGGACUUGGCACAUGGUAGGGACUGACACAUAGGUGUUGAAUGAAUGAGUGAAAGGGAAAGAAAGGUCGUGCCUUUGAGUGGGACAGGCCACCCCUGAGUUUUGGCAGGAUAAAGAGGUCCAAGACAGGCUGGCUUUCCCACCUUCACGAGUCACUCUGCCUUUAAGAGCGUUCUAGAACCAACAUGCAAGAUACUGAUUCCAAUCUGAAAAAAAAUCUCUUCCAUGUUCAAGGCGGCACGGAAUUCUGCAGACUUAAGAGAGGUGGAUGCAUUACACUUUUGCUUCUUUUUAUUUGCCUAGAAUUUUUAAUCAUAUUUGCUUAACUCACAUUAAUGUACACAGUUAUAAUAAAUGGUAAGAUAUUUCAUGUGUAAAUGGUAAGGUUUCCUUUUUUGAGUGUAAUACCUUGGUGUAUUUGGCUGUGUCAUUUAUUUUCUCCUAUUACCUGAAGCCACUCUCU